UGGGAGAACGGGCAGUGGGGAGGUGGCGGGUCUGCAUGAAGGGCUGGGCCACGAGCCGGGUGACGGUGGAGCUUCAGGUUCUGAGUUUAGAAGAGUUCCCUGUUCACCCUUACAGCCCUGUUUGGUUCUCUAAACAAGGGCAAAGGGCCUGACGGGAAUUGUGGCAAUCUCCAUGGCUCUGGCCUCCCUUCUGCAGCCUGGAUGGUGAAGGGGUAUAGGGAGAGCAGACGCGAGCAAUGGCAGAAAGGUGUUCCCUCCUCCCUGGCCCCAAAGCACAGUGAGACAGAGGAUGCCAGCCUUGCUGUGGGAACUGAGGGAGCCUUCAGCCCUGACUGAGUGAUGCUUGCUCUGCUGGGGCGUCACUGCCUCCUGGAGCUUCAGGAUCAAUGUACAAGAGGAGGAAUGUCUGGAAUUCCCUGCCUGGGGGUUGGUACAACUGGAAGUAGAGGCAGAUUCUCAGACUUCACCUCUCAUUUCCCUGAUGGUUUAUAUUAAACCAUGAAAUCUCUUCCUUCCCAAGUGGCUCUUGCAGGAAUUUGGAGGUGCUGGAGAUACAACGGAGGCUUAGGGACUGGUGUUGGAAAAGACAGCCUUGGUGUCAGCUGUGUUCUGCCAAAGGAGGACCCCAGGACAGUGCUGUUUAUAAGGCUCAAUUCACUCAGCAAUUUUGAUGCUCCUGAUUUGGGGACCUGUGGCUGCAGCCACAUCUUAGAGGAUGAGGCCUCCUGUCCUUAAGACAGCAGUUCUAAGCAGGGCUGUCAGGUGCCAGCUCAAAGGGUGGCAGAAGCAGGAAAGGAAGCACUCCCUGCCCUGACAGGACAGGGGAAGAGCUGGGGACCCGUGAGGUCUGUCGCUAUGGAGGGCUCGGAACAGGAAUGCUUUGCAGAACAGCUUGAAGGUGUCUGACUAAAUUUUCUGGCUUGUAAAACUUGCCAGAACUUCAGAUGGUUUAACCUAGCUGAAUGCCUCUCUGGCAUCCAGCAUGUCAGUGGCUAAAGUAAUUGUCCUAAUUUUUAUAUGAAAGUAGCUUUUUCAGGAUUACAAAUGAAAGUUACAGCGUCAUUAGCAGAGAACAUAAUUUGCAAAUUGUGCUUCUGUUUACAAAGCAUCUGGGCCCCAAAUCAACUGUCACACUCCUUUGUAAAUAAAAAUAGAACAACUUUAAAAAAAAUAAUUGAGCACCUACCCUAUGCAAAACUCCAUCCUAAGGGCUUUCCAUCAUUUGUUUCUCUCUAUUCCACUACCCUUUAGAGGUAGAUGUUAUUCUAGUUUUACGGGUAAAGAAAUAGGCUCAGAGAGGCCAAGCAACCUGCCCACAAUCCCAGCUAAAAACAGUAGAGGGGGUCUCCCUGGUGGUGCAAGGGGUUAAGUCUCAGCACUGUAAACCUAUCACCAGCUACUUACUGCAGCACAAGUUCACUCCCCGGCCAGGGAACUGACUCACAUGGCGCAGCAGACCUCUCCUGUCUCACCCGCUGCUCCCCUCAGCAGUGUUUUUCAGUAGAUCUGUCUGUUCUGCUCCCCACUCUGUCUCUAGCGAUUCUCUUACCACCACCACCCCCACACCUCAGGCCUGCACCCUAGAUCUUAUAUGCAUAAAUAAAUAAAUAUUUAAAAAUAGAAUAAAAAAAAAAACAGUAGAGGUGUGAUUCAAACCCAGAUCUGUGCCUCCUGGAGCCUCAGUCUCUUUCUCCUACCCCAGGGCACUGCUGGAUGUCCAGUGACUGUCGCAUACAGACCCUGUAGUCUGAGUGUCAGAGGUGAGGCGGGCCACCAACUCCGGUCCCUUCCUGCCGUGGCCACUCUGUGACAUUAGCAGAUGGGGCUCAAUUUCACCGUGUGUGUGAUGGGGACAGUAGCAGCCGAAACCAGACAAAGUUCGGAGUACUUUGAGAUCAUCCAGUGGAAGCCCCUAAAAAAAAAAAUGCAAAGCCCACAGCUUUCAAAUGGCUGGCUUCCCGGGGAAUAACAAGGACCCUCACUGCCCAGACGGAGGGGCUCAGCUCUGAAGCUGCCCUGCACGCACCGCUCCUGCGUCCUCCCUCAAGGUCACGUCCCUGCAGCUGACGCAGGAACGUCUACCAACUCACAUCUAGCCAAAAGGAGAGGGCCUUGUCCUGAUUCCAGCCCUGCUUGUUGCUGCAAAACCACGUGCUCAUAACAGACUGUUCUCUUGGGAGCUAUUUCAAUAGCCUUCUUAGUAGCAGACAGGGGACCCGCCUGGAGUUCAUGAAAAGGUCCUUUGUUUGGGGAGACUUUGUUCCGGAGUCUCUGAGGAGGUAGGAUCGCAGUGCGACUGGGCAGUGCGACUGGGCAGGGGAUGCUUAGGCCUCACGGCCCCACUGCUGCUCUGGAGUCCCAUCCCAUUCCCCCCAAUACUCCCUCCCGCAUUCAGGCUACUUCCUCCCUGGUGCCUUGCCCUAAAAUGUACCAUCCACUGUCAGAGGCCCCCUCAGUAAGGCCCUGCUGAAGACGUCUCCCUGUCCUUUUGGCUGAAAGGUCAUCUCAGAUAACCCAGGUGACCCUCACAGGAUCUCUGGGUGAAAGGAGCCUCCUAGCUCUUUCCUGCUUCAGGCCCACCUUUACCUAAUUUGUCAGCUGCCGUGCCCUGAACAGCGCAGGGAAGGAAAUCCCCUGAGUGCUUGUCUAAUGCUUGCAGGUACCACCAGCUCACUGAGCAGACAGCGUCAUGUGAAGACCCUUAUCCUGAAGGGCAGACAGUCCUGGGUUCAAAUCCCAGCUCUGUGAUGUUGAGUGAGUGACUUGAUCUCUCUGUGCCUCACUUUCCUUAGCUGUGAGAUGGGGUGCUUCCCUAGAGGUUAAUUGUAAGAUGAGAUGCGUAAAACAUUUUGCAUAAUGCUUAAAUCUCAAGAAAUGUGGUGCAGUUUACUUAACCCCCAUGCACUGCCAGGGCGGCUUGCCCGGGUUUCUCUAGAUAGGGAGAUUUGCUCAUCAAGCUGGCAGGGUCACUUCUGUGCUCCUUCUCUUACCUAAUUUGCACCAAACCCUGGCAUCCUCCAUUUGGCUUCCACUUCUGCAAGACUAGGGAGCAAGGAGGUGGGUGUCAAGGGGAGAAGCAGCUGGGGGUCAGAUAGACUUAUGUUUUGGGGUUCAUUCCUGGUAAUUUACACACUGGCAGUGGGUCAGCCUGCUGUUAGAUGAGGGCCAUUCCGACCUGACCCCCUGCAGUUUGUCUCCUGGGCCAUGUCUGAAGGGGUUUUGCACCCUCAGUAACUUAGAACUCAGUGAGGACUCCCACUCUACUACCACUUCAGAAGUGAGUUCUGACUCCAUCCAUCCAUCCAUCAUCCAUCCCUCCACCCUUGCUCCCUCCAUCCACAAGCAAGCAUUUGUGGCAUGCCUGCACCUUUAGUGCCUGACCUCAGAGACCAACACUGGCCUCUCCUUCUAGAUGUUCAAAAGUCUGGAGGGGCAUCAGUGGUCAGUGUUGAUGCUGCUAGACCAGGGGGAGGGAGCUACAAGUGCCCCAGCUCGCCCUUCUCACUCUCCCCAUGUCACCCCUGCCCCCAGCCUUGAGAGGAAAAUAGUUGGAAGAGACAACGUAGCCAUGUCUCCAGGCCUCUGGAGUUUCUGUCCCCCCUCUUCCCAGAAAUGUCCCUUAGAUGCACCCAGGAAGAUUUAGCAAAUCAAAAGGAGCCAGCCUUAUCAAUACCAGUGUAGGGGAGCAGUGCCCCUUGUGGGGGGCCACCAUUUGACUGCCAUACCUUAAGCAGGUACUCUUGUCUCAGCAAGUGGUAGAGAGGAUUCAAGCCCGAUUCCAGAGUGUGGCCCCACCCUGCUCUGCAGUCUGAGGUGAAGCGCUGUGGACUGUUUCUUUCUGGAUGACCUUGGGGGCAGGAAUAUGUUCUGUGAACAUGGCAGUGUUGGUGGCUGCUUGCCGCCCACCCCAACUCGACCUGUGCGUACCUGUCACUAGCUCAGGAACACCUGCUCCAUGCCCGGUGCAGCCUUGGGCAGAAGCCAGGGCACAGGUAUCACUCCACCUCUCUCCAGCCCAGUGACUGGAGAAAUGACGUGGCUGGUUGCAGGUGGUUGUUCUGUUUUGUGCAAUUUACAUGGAGUAUGACUGUGCGGCCGUAGAUGAUUCUGGGGUAAUUUUGCUAACUGUCCCAGGCCCUACUGUCUGGGCCCGCUGAGUCCGGGCAGGAGCACUGCUUUGCUCUGAUGCGGUGCUGGUGUGGGAGGCAGGCAGACUUGGCUCCCUUCUCCGCCUGGUCUCUGCCAGCCAAGAGGCCCAGCACAAGCUCUUAAUGCUUUUUUACAACUGGGUUGGCCUCCUCCUUGCCUUUGUGUCUCUCACUGUUCCCCUUUAUUAAGAUGAAAGGGGUUUUUAGAUCUUGCAGGCACAGCUCUUGAGGGUGUGUAUGUGCGUGUGUGUGCAGCAGGCCCUGAGCCCUUCCCAUCCUCCCGACUCCCCCCUCUCUGCAGCCCAGCUGGGGCCCAGGCUUUGUGUCAGGUACCGCCCCAGCCUCAGGGGACCAGGGUGGGAGAACUGCCUGGGAUUUCACUGCGUGGGGACCAGCAUCCCUCUAACUCAGGACGGACACUCCAGCCAUGGCCCUGGAGCUCUUCCGGGUAUGCCUGGUGGUGGUGACCGCCAUCAUCAACCACCCACUGCUGUUCCCGAGGGAGAACGCCACGGUCCCAGAGAACGAGGAGGAGAUCAUCCGAAAGAUGCGGGAACACCAGGAGAAGCUGCAGCUGGAGCAGCUGCGCCUGGAGGAGGAAGUGGCGCGGCUGGUGACGGAGAAGGAGGCAGUGGAGCAGGUGGCAGAAGAGGGCCAGCAGCAGAACGAGAACCGUGCGGCCUGGGACCUCUGGAGCACCCUCUGCAUGAUCCUCUUCCUGGUGAUCGAGGUGUGGAGACAGGACCACCAGGACGGGCCCUCGCCCGAGUGCCUGGGUGGGAUCGAGGACGAGCUGCCUGGCCUGGAGGGGGCCCCACUCCGGGGCCUCACCCUGCCCAACAAGGCCACACUUGGCCACUUUUAUGAGCGCUGCAUCCGAGGGGCCACAGCUGAUGCUGCCCGCACGCGGGAGUUCGUGGAGGGCUUCGUGGAUGACUUGCUGGAAGCCCUGAGGAGCCUUUGCAACCGGGACACAGAUAUGGAGGUGGAGGACUUCAUUGGCGUGGACAGCAUGUACGAGAACUGGCAUGUGGACAAGCCGCUGCUGUGUCACCUCUUUGUGCCCUUCACGCCCCCGGAGCCCUACCACUUCCACCCAGAGCUCUGGUGCUCUGCCCACUCGGUGCCCUUGGAUCACCAGGGCUACGGCCAGAUCAAGGUGGUCGGGGCCGAGGAGGAUAUGCUGGGCUGUAUUUGUGGCAAAACCAAGCUUGGGGAGGACAUGCUGUGCCUCCUCCACGGCAAGAACAGUUUGGGGCGGCCUGGCACCGAGGCAGGGUCCAUGCUGUGUGCCCGAGAUUCCUCAUACCUGGACACGAUGCAGGUCAUGAAGUGGUUCCAGACAGCCCUCACCAGGGCCUGGCACCGCAUUGCCCACAAGUACGAGUUCGACCUGGCCUUUGGCCAGCUGGACACCCCAGGAUCCCUCAGGAUAAAGUUCCGCUCUGGGAAGUUCAUGCCUUUCAACCUGAUCCCUGUGAUCCAGUGCGACGACUCAAACAUGUACUUUGUCUCCCAUCUCUCCAGGGAGCCCUCUGGGGGCAGCCCCGUGUCCAGCACUGACUGGCUCCUCUCCUUCGCCGUCUACGAGCGAUUCUUCCUCAGGAUGGUAUCCAAGGCACUGCCCGAGGGUGCCUGCCACCUCAGCUGCCUACAGAUCGCCUCCUUCCUGCUCUCCAAGCAGAGCCGGCUGACCGGCCCCAGCGCGCUCAGCAACUACCACCUGAAGACCAUCCUGCUGCACCUCCUGAUGGCCCGGCGGGAUGCCGACUGGAAGGCCGGGCAGCUGGGUGCCCGCCUGCACGACCUGCUCUGCUUCUUGGAGAAGAGCUUGCUAGAGAAGAAGCUCCAUCACUUUUUCAUAGGCAACCCCAAGUUACCCGAGGCCUUGGGGGUCCCCGAGGCCGUGUGCAGGGCCGAGCCGCUCAACCUCUUCCGGCCCUUUGUCCUACAGCGAAGUCUCUACCGGAAGACAGUCGACUCCUUCUAUGAGAUGCUCAGGAAUGCCCCAGCACUCAUCAGCGAGUAUUCCCUGCAUGUCCCUUCCGACCACACCGGCCUGCCCCCGAAAGCCGUCGCGUCUUAGAGCAGCCAGGCCAAGAGGGCCGGGACGAGGCACCCGCAUGUCCCACCCCAAGGGCACCGGCAGCUCUGUCCUGGGGGACAACGCGGGCUUUGUUGAGAGCCAGGGCUCAGCCCAGAGGGAAGCCAGUGCCGGGCAGGCAGCGCUCCCGGCUGGAAGCUGCCUGGCCUUCAUGCUGCCGGGGCUGCUGGUGACGCUAUUGUCUGGGCUCGGGGCUGACCCCUUGCAGCUUACUUUUGGGUCACCACAAACGGUCAGGGUGAUGCAGAACCUUCUAUGGACACUGAGUGGAGACCAUGUAAAUGUUGAUUUGGACAUCCUCUACAUCCCCAGCCCAGGCUUGACUUGAAUACCAACGGAGGGUCUGCAGGAAUCCGGACGGGGACCGCGUGAAGACCCUGCACCCUUUAUUUCCAGACAUUCACUCUUGGCCCCGGGCAUCUGCAGCUGAGCACGAAAAGGGACAGACGUGGGAGCUUGCAGCCACCCCCUCCCCCAGCCUGCACACUGGGGCUCUCCCUGGAGCUGCCAUUUUUUAUACAUUGGAGAAAAGCCCCCGAGUCAAGGCCCCAAGAGGCGAUGGCCUGUGUUGCACAGAAGUGGGUACUUGGUGUCAGCAAGACGUCUACGUUGCCGCUUUUUCAACUAUGCGUUUCACUCAGGGUUCACCUGCUCUCCCCUGCCCCUUCCCUCAGCGUGUUUCCCGGACACGCUGGGCCCUCCUCCCGUGCUCGGUACAAGCUCAGCCCCUCACCCCUCUUUACUCUCUCCGCAGCUGGUCUCCCUGACCACAGUGUGGUAGGUAUGGAGAGGGCCUAUGCAGAAGGUAGAAGCGGACCUAGAGAGAGACUCUGAGUGCUCCAGGCAAACAACGGAGCCUGGUACCUGGGUUGCUGGGGUAUGGCUCAUAGUCUGGCCUGGCCGCUGAUACCCAGUUCAAAGUUGCAGCGCUGGGUGCAACUCGCCGUUGCCCUGAGUUUUCCUGAGGAUGCCGAUCCCAGACCAGGGUCUGCCUGAAAGCAAGAGCUGCUAUGGACACCCAGCUCCCCAGUGCAGACCCUGUGGCCCCGUUAGGGCCCCCCUCACUGCUCCCUUUCUGGAUGGGCCUUGCCGAUCACACAGAUAAAGACCUGAAGAUCCUAACAGGCCCAGCUGACUGGGAACACCCAGCAGCCUCCAGGCCCCUCGGCUCUGCUGGCUCAGAGCUGGUAACUCUCUCCAGGUUCAGGAAACCUGCCUCUCCACUGUGGCUUCACUUUGGGAUUUCCUCCUGGCACUGCCUCAGGAACCCUUGCAGAGGACCCAGGAGGAGGCAGGUGAGGACCCCCGCACCCACCUCGCUCUCUCCAGGGUUUCAGCAGGCCGUGCCUCUGGACCCCAGUCCCCAUUCCACGGGCUCUCAGGCUCCCCGGAACGGAGGCAGGGACCCUGCCCUUGGUCCAGGAGAGCUCUCACCUAGACCUAGAAAGCCCGAGAAGAAGGAUGGUUUGCCUCACAGACUUGGCCGUGAUGGGACCUUGAAGCCAAGAAAGCCUUCCUGUGGGAGCUGGAGUUUGAGCGGCAACCUUGGGGCGGCCCCUCUCUCUGGCCCCUCAGCAGCCCCCCCUGCACUCCAGGGAGUGAACUUGCCUGCGUGGCGUCUCACCUAGAUCCAUGCCCGCCAUCCUUGUCAGUUUCAUUACCAGAAUGGGGUGGAAGUCCUUAUUUAUUAUCACCUCUGCUUUUCCCUUCCCCCCUUCCCCCUGAUUUUGUUGUGCUCUGAAGACACCCCAGCAGCCUAGAACCAGCCUUAGGAAGCCAAGACCAAGCCUGGAUCUCCCUCCGGGGAGCUUCUCCGUAGCUUCCAAGAGAAAGUUUACUGGAAAAAUACCUCCUGGCCUCUUGUUUAUUCCGAGAAGACAACUCAGCGUGGGCAAGGGGAACUUGUAUGCACCAAGGUUGCUUUUGAAGAGAAAGAGGCGGGGCUUUUGUUUCAUGCUGCCUUAUUUAUAUGAAAGGAAGAAUUAAAUCUUGCAAGGAGUGGAAACUGGUCACGUGUUUGUUUGUAACUUCAGGAACUCUGUGAGAUUCCCAGGGCAGAGCCGGGGUGGGAGGAUGGGUUUCCUGUUGAGGAGCAGAGGCUCUCCCUUUUUAUUCUGACAUUUUCAGGAAACUUAAAAUAACAAAAUAGAACAUUUCUAGCCCAUCUAUGAGGCAGCGGAGUUCUAGAAAGGGCCUUUGAAGGCCAGCUGUCGGGCGGAUUCCAGGACAGAGCCUGCUGUGUGCAGUGAGGCGUGGCGCUGGGAAAGGGAGGGUUUGGCUUUCCAGGAAAGAGGUGGUCUGUGCACUAAAGACCACCCAGCCCUGUUCUCCAAGAACCUCUUUCCCUUCCCGAGGGUGCUAGGCCCAACACCCACAGGUGGUUUAGGUUAGGGAGGGCCCUGCACUCACAAAAGCCACAGGCACCUCCCUCCGCCUUAAGGACACAGCAGCAGCACAUUGGGCUUGUAAUCAGGGCGGUCAUCAGAAUCCUCUGAAGAGUUUGGUCAAAUGCCAAGACCCUGCCUUGAAGCCACAUGGUACCCACGGGAAGCUCUGUUUUUAAAGCUCCCUCAAGUGAGAGAUGACACCCCAAGUUCAGGAUGGCUUUUCACUUCCUUUCCUUAAGGAAACUAAAGAAAGCCCUGCUUGCCUACAGAGCUAUUGGAAGACAGACCUAGGAGAGGCCAAGGAGCCUGCUUGGGCCCACGUGGCAUCAGCUACACCACAGGCUUCCUGUCAGCGCAGCCACACUAGUGAGGUGAGCAGGGAGAGGACGGGGGAGACAAACGCUGGUGAGCAUUCUCCAGCCGAUCAUUCACGCCUGCACCGUUUAUCGGGAGCCCCACAUGUAGGAAAGCCAAGAGGACCAGCCUGUGCCCUGUCUGGCGGUGUUCACCUGUGAAAAGGGCCACGGGAAAGAUGGAAGCACUCUGGUGGGGUCAAAGGCCUGUUAGGCUCUGCUUCUCCAGGUGUGGCCUUACACUGCAGGUAGGGGUAUCACCAGGUUUCUGGGCCACACUGCAGACUUCAGUAUAAUUGCUAGGAGUCUGGCAGAGGAAUCUGCAUUUUACCAGGGGAUUCUAAAAGUCUGAGAACCACUGGUACUCAGAGAUUAGGGUAGGGUGCUGCCUGACAACUUCUGAAAGUGGGUGAGCGUAAUAGAAGUGCACAACAUUUUAGUAGCUCCUACUGUGUGCCAGGCACCCUUCUACAUACCUUUACAUAGACUGAUGCCCUCAAUUCCCAUGCCGCCCCUGUGAUACAGGUGAUGUCAUAUCCUCCCACUGUCAAGAUGAAACUGAAGCACAGAACCAGUAAGUGACUUGUCCAGGGACACAGGUUAGUAAGUAGCAAAGCCAGGAUUGCAACCCAGGCAGUGCUGGUCUCUAUGCUGAUCAACACUGAGACAUGGAAGCCAGCGAGACGGGAAGUGUUGAGUGGAGCUAACCACACAGGGUUCAAUGCCUUGACCUCUAAGCUAAGGUAAAUUUGGACUUCCUGCAGUAAGCAGUGGUGAGCCAUUGGUGAUUUCUGAGUGAGUCAGUGACUUGAUUGGCCCCAAACUCUGAAGUCCUAAAGAUGUGAUCAGUGCUCUCCGCGGCCAUGGGGCUGUCACCGGGGUUCCGAGCAGUCUGUGAAUGUCCAAAAAGUCCUAACUCAAGUCACUCUGAAGACUGGUUCAGAAUGUUCUCAGGCUCCGGCCGAUCCACCUUGUGGGACUGGAGGGUUGUUUGGUUUGGCCCACGGGCCCUGAGCAGGGAGCCAAGAAGCACACAGUGCAGGAAAUGUACGCCUUCGCCUCACCACCUUCCGCCCACUUCACCCUCAGCCCCCUCCACCCUGCAAAGGCAUCUUGGAGAGCUAACUUUUCUCAUUGCCUUCCUAAGAUAGCUUGUUUUUCUAACUAGUUUAUAUAUAUACACACAAUACAGUCAUGGUAAAAAAAUCCAAGUGACAGAAAAGUAACAUAAAAACUCCCACUCACGACUUCUCAGUCCAUUCCCCAGCGCUCAGCAAUAUGGCUUUUCUUGUGCAUCCUUCCCAAAUGCUUUCUGUGCACACGCCACGUGUGUGGAUAGGUCUCUUGAACACUUUGUUCUACACUAUUCUUCCAAAUAGCUGCUUACUAAUCUCACCAUAUAUGUGGAUAGCCCUAACUACCCAAUCCCAACCCCAAGCCCCAAAUAUUGAAGCCUCUCUUGUCUUCGCCAUUAUAAACAAUACUAUAGCGAACAUCUCUGCGUAAGACCUGCUGUGAAAUGACCCUCUCUGGCCAUCCCAAUAUUCCGUACGCCAUGCUAUAGGGGGAUUCACCACUAAUCAUCUUUCCAUAAAGAUUUAUUCAAUGUUCAUGACUUCAGAGGGAGGAAAAGGCAUUUGAGCAGCAUGUGUUCCACUCUGAGCCAGGCGUUAGGUGGGAAACCAGAAUCAGUCCAGGGCUUUGUCCCAAACAAGUAGGUCUAUUAGGAAGACAAGAACUAGGGCCACAAAAUAAUCAGAAUAAUGAAGGAUGGGUAAGUGAAAGUGAAGCCUUGUAGCUCUGUGGCCCACAUGGGGUGAGGGCACUGGGAGAACCUGAUCAGUUGGGGUUUGAGCUGUGAAAGUUCUGGCUCCUGUACACAUGGGGAAAUGUGACACGCCUCAAGAAAAUCCUAUCAACACAACUGUUCAUUGUUGUCUAUCCCCAAACACUUGUGUUUUGUUCAUCUGAGCCCAGGGGUGGAUUAUUUCUUCCUGCACAAUGUGGGGGUCCCUGUUUUAUAGGUAAAAGUGUCUUUUUCUACCUUCUCUGUUCCUCUAGAUCCCCAUAAAUAAACCAGAAAACAAAACUGACAACAGCAAAUUAUCUCCCAGCAAGAUGAAACCACAAAAGCCUCAGAGGUGGUCAGAGACUUCUUGACCGGGAAAGGCAGGUCUCACAAGAGUAAGGUGGGAUUGGCAGGAUGGGGGGGCAGAAGUUGGGGAGAAUCUGGCCCCAUCUGCUUGAUAUUGUAGGUUUCUCUUAGGGCAACUUAAUUUUAAAUAGAUUCACUUCUCACAAGCCACCUCUGGCUGUCUUCCCCACUGGCCAGGAUGACAAAGCCACACCCCCACCUGAUCCUGGAGAGUGGACUGUACUACUGUACUACAUUAGACCCAAGCUCUCUUGGGACAGUGGCCGGACACCCAAUGACUGACAGUGGCCUUGGGUCUCUUCUAAGAAGCAUGGCUAGUGCUGCAUCAGUACCCCAGGAGUAAAAGCUGCAGGUGAACCCCAAGUCUCCAGCCAAGGACAAUGAGUCAGCUCAGGCAUACCCCUACCUUAGGACCCACUGAGAUGACAGCAGAAGCCUUAAGUAGACUCAGAUAUGGGGCCAAGGAGGUUGUCCUUGAUUUUUCAGCUCUCCUUGGUUUCUAAGAAGCCCUCUCCACCCUUUUGUUUGCUCCUUGCAACAUUUCAUAGUGGGGCUGGGCAGGGAAGAACUCCACCCACCAGGAGCAAGACCAGACUUCAGGCAGCAAGGUUGCUCAGCCUGAGUGUUCAAGAGAAACAAGGAGGGGUAGACAGUGGACCCCUGCCUUUGCCUAUGUUCCUACUGGAAAUGGAGGCCCACAUGGGAAGUUCUGCCCACAAGGGUCCCUGCCAGCUGUGACAAAGCCGUGCAAAGUCUAAUGGGUCUGAGAUGCCACACAAUACGAAUGGCCAGGGGCGAAGCACUUGGGUCCUCUGAUCAAAUCCAACUAUGUCACACCCUCACUCACCAAGUCCCAUUUCUCUGAGCCUGGUUUAGCCUGUUUCUUCUGUAAAAUGGGAAUCAUGUCCACCUCAUAGAGCCAUUGAGGAGACUGAGCAAAAAGGGCGCCUGUGAAACACUUGGCUUAAGACUUGGCAAAUAAUAAACUCAACAAGAACAAAACUGGCAGUGGUUUGCACCCUACUCACGGCUCACCUGCCAGAGAAGAGGCUCUCCCCCGGGUACCUCCCACCACUCAACCAUGAGUCAGUCUUCCCUGGGGACCCACGGGAAACCUUCCCCACACGCCUACCAUGGGGCAAAGGGCAUGCUCAGGAAAUGCUGAGGACCCGACGGAAGGGGCUGGGGACUGGCUGCAAUUGAUGGGGCAGGGAAAGACCUCUGGCCUGAGCCCAAUGGCUCUCUGCUCUCCUCGCCCCUUUGCUGGGCCUCCUCCAGCAGUUGCCUUAGCAACACUAGCCAGAAUGGGGACCAGGCAGGACAUCCCUGUCUUGGGAGAGACAGGUGCCUCUACAGACAGCAAUAUGGGGAAGCCGUUUACCC